GUCACAUACUUACAUGAAAUUGAUCUAUGAAUUCUUAACAAGCACAAUAUAAAGCACAAAUAUAAUCGUCAACACUACAGCAUAGAGUAGCAUAGAGAAGUUCAUCUAAGUUUUUUGUUAAUUAGGUAAUCAGUGCUACAGAAACCUUGACAAAAAGAAACAAAUUUAAUCGAAAAAUUUCUGUAAUAUUAUUUAUCGUCUAUUUGUAAUAUGUUAGUUGUGAGCCUUAGCUUCUGUUAACCUGGAUUUUAACAUAUUUGAUACAUUCAAUGAAUCUGUGUCAUCAUUAUUAGAACGUAAAGUUAGAGGUUGGUUGACUGGUGUGAUAGACGACAUGAGGCGUAGCAGUCCAGUUCAACAAUGGCUAGAUUCCUUCCCUCUAGAGACUGAUGAUGAUAAAUCUAAAACUGACUUAAAUGACGAAAACUGUGACUUAGAUACAGACACCCAGUCAAGGUCUGAAGAAAAUAAAGGAAAUGAGACUAUAUCAGAGAAAACGGUCAUAGAAAACCCCGAGGUGUCUAAUGAUGACAAUAAUCUGGAAGUUCCUGGACAGAGAGAAUUAUGGAAGAGGAAAUCCUUGGAGAGUGGCUUAAUGACAAGCGCUCCGCAGUCACCACAAGCAAGAAAUCAUAAAACAAAGCUUCAGAGGGACCAUUCAGUUCAAUCAGAGGGAUACAUACCAAGAUUUAAGAAUCCAUUACUGAGAGAUCACUCAUUGCAGUCAGAUGGCAGUGGUUCCAGUGGAAGUUCAGUUCUAAAUGUUUUAGGAGCCAGGAAGGUAGAUGCUGAAUCCGUUCUACUGGCACUUGGGUUUGGUCCUAGUGAGAAGCAACAGAAAUUGCAAAGAAUACCCGACAGAUUCCUAGUGCCUUCCAAAUUAAAAGGUAUCAGUACAGAGCAAUUUAUUAAGGACGAACAACACUCAAUGAGAAUGCACGACUGCGGAGUUUUUGGUUAUAGAGGGCUGACUGGGAAUCCCCAUGUUCCACCGUCGACAAUCGUAGCUAAGAUAAUGGAGUGUAUACUCCAGGGCGAGGUCUGCCGCGAUCAAGCCCUCACUAAGACACGACAUUCAAUAGCCGACAUACGUGCCACUGGAACAAUUCAGGCUCAGUUAAAAUCUCGAUUACGUUCCACUUAAAUAUGCAUAUGUCUGUUUUUCUUUUUGACAUAAAUAACCUGAUGUGUAGACCAAUCUUUACAUUUAUGUUAACAUAGUGACUCUUUGUUCGUACUUUCUCAGUGACUAAACAAGCGUCGGUUAUAGGACUAGUUGGUAUACAUUUAUUUUUUAUAAAAUUUAUGGCGGUGUACUUUAUUUUUUUACAAUAGUCUGGUUUUUGGUCUAUUGUGAAGAAAUGUUAGUAUAGAUUCUUAGAAAUGAGAAAAAUUUAUAAAGUUUUAUCCUUGCUCAAUACUAACUCCACACCGGACCAUGAUGGUAGUGCAAUAUAUGUACCGAUUUCUUGUCUAUUUUAGUCAUAGGCAGUAGCAAAAUUCCUUAUAUUAUCAAUACUAUUAGUAAAAAUACAUUUUAUACUUAAAUAAUAUGUUACUUAAAUAAAUUCUUAUCAACAAUUCUUGGUUAGGAUUAAAAUAAAAAACAUUUUAAUAUAAUUACAAUUAUAUAAUAUUUUAUACAUGUAUAUACCUACCUUUAUAUAUUUAUCUGACUAUAUGAAGGACUGUUUCAUAUUUGUUUUAAGCCCUUUAACUUCUCAGACGUUUUGACCAAAAAAUUUUGCUUACUUAUACUAGUAAAUUUACUACUUAACGAAUUUUAUACAUAUUUCACUGUACAAAAAGAUUUUACUUAAACGAUUUUAUCUUCAAUGUAUUUAAGAAUUAAUUAUAGUACAAUUGAUUUAAUAUAUCUCAAAUUAUAUUAUACUAAUAUAUAUUUAAUUAAAUCUCAAAAUAUUUAUUCGAUACGAUAACUAAAAUUAUCUUCAGUGGUAUGUAUUAAAAUAUGAAUAGGCUUAUCAUGAGUCUCGUUAUUAUUAAAGGAUUUUUUUUAUCAUCCUAUUAAAAUCUCUAAUAUAAUCUCUAAUAUAUUUUUCCAUUACGAAUCUACUUAAAUAGACUGACAGUUUACUUGUACUUAAAACAACCAAUAAAAUCUAAAUGAAUUUAUACAUAAAUACUGCCUUUACGAUAAUAAUAUAAAUAUUUAACAAGUUAUAUUAAAACUGACGCAAAUUAACUGUUACUUAAGUUAGAUUUUAGACGCUCAGAAUGUCUGUCAAAAAAUAUUUCACUAAUAUUGUAGUAAAAUCAAAAUUAAAUCUGUCCAAUACUUAUAUUAUUUUUUUAUAUUGCAAAUUAAAAAAGUAGAAUGAAUGUUCAGGUUAUUUGAAUAUUUUUUUUAUUAAACCAACUCUAAAUAAGGCUAGUUUUAGUCAGUUGUAUCGAAAUAAAGGAGACGUUUUUUUUUCAUUAAAAUUUUUUUUUACUGACAAUAUAAAAAUAUAAUAUAUAAUUGGAAGUCACAAUUUGUUGUAAAUUUGGAGAUCUAAUUGUACCUGUUUAUUUUACUUAAUGGCAUAAUAAUGUUUUAUUUUAUUUUUUUAACAUAAAUAUUUUAUAUUUAUAACAUGUACUUAUUUAAUCUGUGUGGACUUUUUUUUAAUUAAAUGCUUUAUUUAUCUUGGCUGUAAAUACGUAAAAAAAAAGUAUAAUUUGUAUUUUAGCAAUGGUAACAUUAGAUUUUGGCUGUGUUUAGUGAAAGUCGUAACAAAUAGGAAAUAAUUGUUGUUUCUUUAAUAAAUUUAACUAAUGUAGGUAAGCCUUUAUAAUACAUACAUUUUCAAUUAUUUAAUAUUACCAGUAAAACUAUUUUAUUGUCUGUUUUUCUACGCUAUUGUUCAUCUUAUUACUAUUUUCAAAAAUCAUCAAUCCAUUCUAAAACGACAUUUUGUUUUAAAAUGACAUCUCCUCUUGUGCCUUAUAAAGUAAUGACAUAUCCAAAGUAAAUUAUGUGAAUAUAAAAACAUAUUUUGUUUUAUAUAAUAUUUAUCUGUUACCAAUUGAUUAAAAUUUUAUGAAAUUAAUUGUUAUCAGUUUAUUGCUCGUGAUAAUAUAGAAAUGUACCUUAAAAUGUUUAAUAAUUUAAAAAUAUAUAUGUUUUUUUUUUAAUCUGUGAGAUGUGAAAAGUAAAAUAUUAAUGAUUCCCGAA